UAUCAAUGACUUGAUUAUAAUUAGCAUUAAACGCAUUGCCUGCUGCCGUUCGGCCGCCGGCCUCCAGGGGGCGCUGAGCUAAAUGUGUUGACCGGAGGCGGUGCGUCGCUCUCUUUCUCCAAGAUGUCGGUGUACGGGCCAGUGGUGAAAAUUCACCCCGUUGUUCUCGCAUCUAUCAGCGACUCAUACGAGCGAAGGAAUGAGGGCGCGAGUCGAGUAAUUGGGACCCUUUUGGGUACUAUCGAUAAACACUCUAUCGAGGUGACCAACUGCUUCUCUGUCCCUCACAAUGAGUCUGAGGAUGAGGUUGCGGUGGACAUGGAGUUCGCCAAGAACAUGUACGAGCUUCACAAGAGGGUGUCUCCCACAGAGGUCAUCAUCGGGUGGUAUGCCACCGGCUUUGACAUCACCGAGCACUCUGUGCUCAUCCAUGAGUACUACAGCCGUGAGGCCACUAACCCCAUCCACCUGACCGUGGACACCGCACUGCAGAGCGGCAAGAUGAACAUCCGCGCCUACGUCAGUGCACAGAUGGGCGUGCCGGGGAGGACGGUUGGUGUCAUGUUCACCCCGCUGUCCGUCAAGUACAUCUACUACGACACGGAGAGGAUCGGAGUGGACCUGCUGCAGAGGACCCGCGCAGCUCCCAGCCGCACCAAAGGGCUGACCUCUGACCUGUCUCAGGUGGGCGGAGCUGCAUCCAGGGUGCAGGACAUGCUCACCACCGUGCUGGCUUACAUCGAAGAUGUGCUGCCGGUCGCUGACAGGAGCUUUGUCAUCGAUCUGUUUCAGUCUGGAAAGGUAACGGCGGAUAACAGCGUGGGCCGCUUCCUCACUGACCUGGUCAACAAGGUGCCGACCAUCUCAGCCGAGGACUUUGAGAACAUGCUCAACUCGAACAUCAACGAUCUGUUGAUGGUGACCUACCUGUCCAACCUGACCCAAGCACAGAUUGCUCUAAAUGAGAAGCUGGUGCUGCUCUGAGGGGAUUUCUUUAGUGAUCUAUAUUUAAUUUUUGUAUUUUUUUUUUCUUGGCUGAGACUAAUAAAGAUGUUUAACAGUCAUAUAA